GAAAGUCUCACUGGGCGCCCCUGUGGGCGGGCUGGACUUGGUGCUCGCACUCCCUUGGCUGCAGCCCGGCGCCUGCUGCACCUUCCACUUCCGAUCCGUGGUCGGUCGAUCCAGUGUUUGUGCCACAAUAACGUGUCGGCCCCGCUGCCCGCCAUUGUGCCCGCCGUCUGGAAGGCCACCGCCGCAGUGAUUUUCCUUCAUGGAUUGGGAGACACAGGGCAUGGGUGGGCAGAAGAAUUGGCAGGUAUCAGAAGCGCCCACAUCAAAUACACCUGCCCACACGCACCGGUUAUGCCUGUAACAUUAAAUAUGAACAUGCCCAUGCCUUCUUGGUUUGACAUUGGUCUUUCACCAGAUUCACAGGAAGAUGAAACUGGAAUUAAACAGGCAGCAGAAAGUAUAAAAGCUUUGAUAGGGCAAGAGGUGAAGAAUGGUAUUCCUUCUAACAGAAUUAUUUUGGGAGGAUUUUCUCAGCGAGGAGCUUUAUCUCUGUACACGGCACUGACCACACAGCAGAAGCUGGCCGGCGUCACCGCUCUCAGCUGCUGGCUGCCCCUGCGGGCUUCCUUUCCACGGGGUCCUAUCAGUGGCUUGAAUAGAGACAUUUCUAUUCUUCAGUGCCAUGGAGAUUUGGAUCCUUUAGUUCCCCUAAUGUUUGGUUCUCUUACUGCUGAAAGGCUAAAAACUUUGGUAAACCCAGCAAAUGUAACCUUCACAACCUAUGGAGGCAUGAUACACAGUUCAUGUCAACAGGAAAUGAUGGAUAUCAAGCAGUUCAUUGAUAAACUCCUAACUCCUAUUGAUUGAUGUCACUAAGAGGCUUUGUGGAGAAGUACACACCAGCAUCAUCAUUGUAGAGUAUAAACUUUUUCCUUUGUCCGAUCUUGAAACCUCUAAUGUUUGCAGUGUUAAAAUGUUUUGCAAAUACACACCAAUGACACAGGCUAAAUAAAUCUCCUCAUGGAAAAUUUAUGAUCUUUUAAGUUUCUAUGUAUGUAUUUGUGUAACAUGAUCCAGAAUAUAUUAGUAUUAAAAUAGGUGAAGCAGCUAGCUUCUUUCUCCCAAAUGUAAUUCAGCAAAAUAAUAAAAUACUGCAACCAGAUUUCUUAUUACAUCCCUUAAAAAUUAUUAGUAAGUAUGCUUAAUGAAAACUUGUUCAGGUAUAAAUGAGCAGUUAAGACAUAAACAGCUUAUGCAUGCUGUGACUUAGACUCUGGACUUAUUCCCAGAUUACUUAGUCACCAUGCAGUAUCUGUAUAUAUAUAUUUUUAAAUAAUUUAUUUAUUUAAUUUUGCCUGCGUUGGGUCUUCGUUGCUGCAUGCGGGCUUUCUCUAGUUGCGGUGAGUGGGAGCUACUCUUCGUUGUGGUGCGCGGGCUUCUCAUUGAGGUGGCUUCUCUUGUUGCGGGCCUUGGGCUCUAGGCAUGUGAAUUUCAGUAGCUGUGGUGUGAGGGCUCAGUAGUUGUGACUUGCAGCCUCUAGAGUGUAGGCUCAGUAGUUGUGGUGCACGGGCUUAGUUGCUCCAUGGCAUGUGGGAUCUUCCCGGACCAGGGCUUGAACCCAUAUCCCCUGCAUUGGCAGGCGGAUUCUUAACCACUGCGCCACCAGGGAAGUCCAUGUAUUUUUAUAUAUGUGUUCAUACGUACUUAAUAAUUUUAAUACAUAAUAAGAAUAAGGUGUUAUUACAUUAUUACUAAUAAUAGGGAUAAUGCUUCUAAGUGUCAAUAAAGAGUAAUAUUGCUAUCUUCAAUUAAUGGCCCUUUUAUUUUGGGGACCAGGUUUUUCUUUCCUGAAUAUAAUUUCUAUUUAAUAUUCUUUUUUCC